CCUGAGAAAAACAGAGACGGCUCUUACUACAUGUCAAUAAGCUACUUAAGCCUACUGUUCUGAACGAUAUCGAGACUUUCUCAUGUCAGAUCAACCACCGCAACCAAAGCCAAAGCCUGGUUCCCUGCGCGACCGAAUCGCUGCUUUCGAGAAAUCGACACCAUCUAAUGCUCCUCCGCCUGUUGCCCCUCGUCCAAAACCAGGUGGCCAUGUUUCGUGGAAACCAAAGCAACCAACUCCACCGGACUCCCCAGCCGCACCCGCAGAUGAAUCUUCCGUUAAUCGGCCACAGAAACCCGGCGGAGGAAUGUCUGCAUCAGAUGCAAAGGAAAGUAUAGGCAAGGGUGGUAGUUUGAAGGAAAGAAUGGCUGCCUUGCAGGGCAAAGGUGCUUUCGGUGCUCCUUCGCCACCUGUUGCGCCAAAGCCAGCCGUGGAGAAGCCUAAAUGGAAACCCCCUCCACCUGUAGCCUCGCCUCCCGAGGAAGAAGAAGAGAUAGAGACUGCUUCCGAUAAAGCCAAAGAUGCAUCUCCACCAUCCGUGCCAGCCAAAUCGCCUGUAUCUGAGUCAAACAAAGCUUUGGGCGAGCCUGAUUCGCUCGAAGUGGAAGCACAAUCCCAUAUCGAAACCGAAGGAGGGGGAGAAGAAGAAGUUGAUCCCGAGGAAGAAGAAAGACAGAGACGCGCUACGCUUGCCGCUCGGAUGGCUCGCCUUGGUGGCGCUCGAGUUGGAAUGGGUCCUCCUGUAUUUGGCGGGCCUGCAUACAAGAAACCCCAGCCCAAGCCUGAACCCAAAUCUGAGGUCCCAUCGAAGGAAGAUGUAUCCGAACCUGUUAAAUCGGAGGUCGUUGAAACAGGAAGUAAAGAACCAUCUCUCAAAUCACCUUCUGCUCCCGAAGUAGAAGAGAACUCAGACGAAGGAACUAAGAAAGAUUACUUUGACGUUGAGCGUAAGGCAUCCGAUGCGUCUCUACUGUCUCCAGACCCUACUCCGUUGGUUUCCACUUCCCCUCGUACACCUAGUUCUAUGCCUGUUCCUGCUGCUCCUCGUCGGGCUGUGCCUCCCCGACGAAAAGCCAAGUCUCCUGCACCGCCGCCACGAGCAGAAGAACAAGAACUUAGCGUCGAUCCCUCUAUUGAGCACACUAAGAAUGAAUUGGACGUACAGAUCUUGCCUAGUGCCGACACUGAAGAGCUCGAUACAGCCAAGAAAAUUCUCGACCAUACCGCUCCAUUGGUCGAUGAUGUCCCUCCAGAGCCGCUAGUAUCUGAGGAGCCAGCCAUGGUGGUGCCUGUGGAAGAGACGCCUAUUCCUACAGCAAAGACGGAGGUCGGGGAGUCAGAUGUUGUCCAGGCGAUCCAAUCGGCUUCUGAAUCCCUCGUAGAAGAACCAGAACCUACCCACGCUGAAAUCGAGGAAGAAGAUGAGGCCUCGCGUCGUAAACGCGUAGCCGAACGUCUUGCGAAGUCUGGUGGUGUGAGUCCGUUUGCGCUACCGCCUCAACGCAGACCAUCUCUGCCCGUAACUCACGAAGAAUCAUCACCCCCAACUUCAACUCCCGUUUCCCCUGUAUCUCAGAAGCGUACAAGCAUCAGGAAGGCCUCUGCGGAUUCCGUGCAUAACCCAGUCCCUGCACCCCCUGCUCGUAGAAGCUCUCAGAUCAGUUUGUCGUCUGUCGGUCCACCUAACAAAAAACCCAGUAUUGAUUCGGUUAUGAGUCGCGAUAUUAUCUCUCAUGAUGAUGAUAUAAAUUUCCCCGUGCCCGCUGGUAUUUCCGAGGAGCCGGAAUCAAUCCGGUUGGUGGAAGAAGCCGAUAUCACAGAUGAAGAACUCGCAGAUGAAGAGUUCUCACCUGAAGGUUCUGAAGAACACGUGGAAGUUCAUGAAGCAGUUGAUCCUCUCGAACCCCCUCAACCCCCCGUCGUGGUGCCCGAUUCGCCUUAUACAAAGGCCUCGUUCUCGGACAUAGAGCCAGUCCACGUACCGCCGAAAGCUGCAUCUCCCGUCAACGAACUCAAACUUUCCUCUUCUCCUAAGAAUGAGUUGGAUCAUGAAGAACCUGCUCCGCCUCCACCUCCACGACGAUCAAUGCCUCCACCGCCUCGUGUGCUUUCCGACCCAAUUCAACAUGAGCAAGAGGAGAGACAGUUUCCGUCUCAGAGUGAAGUACCUUCAGAGCCACCUCGUCGAUUGCCCCCUCGUCCUGUUCUUGAAGACGACGGAGAAAUGAGUGACGCUCCCCUCCCGCAUCCAAAUCGACUUUCUGUUCCUCCGCCUCCGCCUCCUCAACCCCUAGUAGAGGAAGGUCAAAUAAGUGACGAUGAGCCGAAACCCAUUCCUUUCUCGCGUCCGGUGAGGUUUGUUCCUUUGCCUGUUCAUAGUGGCGUGGAGGAAGACGUUGAAUCGGAAGAAAAGGAGGAGGCAACUGAGCUCGAGCGGUCUCCAGAAGAAAUUCUACCAACGCCACCCAGGCGUCCACCGUCUCCUCCGGAGCAAAUUUCUGUACAAGAAAAACCUCUUUUUGUUCCUCCUCCACCACCUCCCAAGAUUCUGCCGACAGCUCCGCGCCGGGGUUCGACUGAGGUGAAAAAAGCUGAGCUAUCGCCUACUCUGGAACGUCGAUCUGCGGUAUCCAACGUCCAGCUGGGAAGAGCGGAAAUUCUGGAUGAAGAGGAAGGCGAUCCUAUCGAUCCGUCCUUCUACAGCCCUCCAGGUCGUCAGACAUCAAUUACAGCAGUAGCACCAGACACUCCGGAACUUGAGCAGGCACCGGCUGAAGACGAGGAGCAAGCUCGAAGGCGAACAAUUGCUGAGAGAAUGGCGAAACUUGGAGGUCUUAAAUUUGGAGCGGCACCUAUUCCCAUGAACCGACCUGCGCCAAAUAAGCGUCGGGCUUCCGAAGAAUCGACACAAAAGGAAGCAGACGCUGAAGAGACUGACGAAGGUAAGAUUGAACUAAAUGAGGAGGAAGAGGAAAGAGCAAGAAAGGAGCGUAUUGCCACAAAAUUGGCCAGUAUGGGUGGUAUGCGUAUUGGAAUGCAACCUUAUGGUAUGUUUUCUGGUCAGGCACCAUCCACACAGCCAAAGCCUGUUACUUCAUCACCAGAAAGGGAGACUUUGCAUGCGCACCCGGCUCCUCGCCAUGCUGCCCCGCCUCCACCUCCACCACAUGAAAUUGAUUCAGAGCACGAGAGUGUAGCCACCUCUGAUGAAGGUGUAAAGAUUGAAGCCGAAGAGAGUGAAAUGGAGGAGGUGAACUACGAAGAUGCGAACGAAGAACAAGAUGAGAUACCUCCUCCCCUUCCUACAAGAGAAGGAAGACACACAUCUGCUCGGCACGUGCCUCCUGGUCGACCUCCGGUGCCCACCGUUUUACCUUCUCGCAAGGCCAGUAUUCAGUCUACAACCUCGCAAAGAUCAGAUGAUACUGCUUUUGUCCCAACUCCCGGAAAGUCGUCUAGCUCACACCAAUUACCCCCGUCUACCUCUGAUUACGUCAUGGUCGAGGGAGAGGAAGAAGAGGAACUACCUCCGCCUCCACCUCCGAGGGCUGGGCGUCCUGUGCCACCUAGAGCUGCUCCAUUGCCUCCGGCCUCCGAUAUUCCACCUUCCGAGAGCAUCUCUUCGCAAUGGGAGAUGCCUUCGAUUCCGAGUCUCGACUUCGGUGGGAAUACUGAUUUGUCGUUAUCUUGGACAGAUGACAUGGCCUUGUCAACUUCGGCAGCUCAGCCAUCUCCCGAUAUUCCUGCAAUUCAUUCCACUCAAGUGACUACUACCGCAGCUGCUGACUUGGUACUAAACUCGGAUGAUUUGGUAGCAGUUUGGGGUCGCGUGGGAGUGCAAGUAUGCGAAGUUGCAACCACAUUAUUUGAAAAGUCCAAGAAGGUACUCAUCGGAGACGGAACGUACCAGGGAUUUAUCGACGCCACUUUGAGAGAAGUACCAAACGCUGCUCCGAUGACUGGACAGGAAUAUGGCUAUCUGGUGUAUAUGCAGUCAGGAGCCUCGGUACAGAAGAGAGCUAGUGAAAUACUGCCAGGAGAUAUAGCUUGGAUGCACGAAGCGAAGUUCAAAGGACAUAAAGGUCUACAGACUUACAGCCAAAGUGUGGGCUCAGAGGUGCCACUUGUCGGAGUAGUUGGUGAGUUUGAGGCAAAGAAGUUCAAGAUACGUGUGUUUCAGGCGAACCAACACGUAGGCCAGCAAACAGUGGAGAUUGUCAGCUAUCGAUUGGAAGAUUUGAAGAGUGGACAGGUCAAAAUAUUCCGUGUACUCGAAGCUUGAAACGUCACGUAAAAAGUCACUGUAAUUCUCAGCUCUGAAUUUAAUCGUUCUUGUUUACGGACCUUUGAAAACUCUGGAUAUACUCAGUCUACAAAACAGCGAUUGUCAUGAGUAGUCAUACCCGUGACAGUGUUGAUGCAACCAUUGAACCUUUGAAAUUGAAGGAGAGACGUCUAACGAACGAAAAUAUACGUAUACACCAUUCA